AUGGACAACGCUAUUGCAACUCUCAACAGCCUGGCUGACCUAAGCGCCAUCGAAAGCGUUAAGAGAUGCGAUACUGAGAUCAAAGGCUACAUUUCAGGCGCUAGCAGUAUUCAUCGACUGUCUAAGCAGGAGCUGAUCGAGGACCCGCGACGAGCAUUCGAGGUUAUUGAUCCCUCCAAAAACUCCAUCGGAUAUCUAUAUGUCAUUGACAUGGUUAUGGGCUCAGCGUCAAGCAAACACAAUAAAGAUAUGCUCGCCGACAAAAUUGUGCAUUUCCUGACGCGUUUCGACCCCAUUCAAAUCCGCUACGUCGGCACUACGUUCCGCUAUUUACUAGAUGUGGUUGCUUCUGGGGCCAUUUUCCCGCCGGCUGUCGCUCUCGAGCUGCUAACAACUGCAAUCCUCCGCCUCGACCCGACCGGAACCAUGUUCACAUCUACACACCUAUACAUCGCGAAGAUGGCCGUCGAGUCAAAUAUUCUGGAGCCAGCGCUUGAAAUUUUUGACAAGGAAAUCACUUGCUACCCUGUCAUGUCGUCCAAUCGUGAAGCACGAGAGGCGCGAGAUCCACGGCCACUAUGCGACCCCAGCCUCGGUCCUGCAGCAUACGUUUCCACAGCCACAGGUCUCACAGAAAGCUUGAAGAGCAGCUCCGUGCUGGAAUACAAUUACUUCAGAUAUCUCGCGUAUUCUAGUCGCCGAGACUGGCACAAGGCCUUUGCCGCCCUAGAACAGGUCAUCACACAUCCUGCUAGAGACCGCGGUGUGAGCAAGGUUAUGGCGGAGUGUCAUAAGAGAUGGAUAUUAGUCGGGCUUUUGAACUCUGGCAAAAUGCCCUCUCUUCCUUUAUACACUGCAGCCCAGCCCAUAGCGACCUACAGCUCACUCAGCGCCGAAUACAGAGAACUUGCGAGCUUGUUUGUCUCUUCCAAGGCGAAAGAGCUCAAGGAAAGGGCAGAGCACAACGAAGCAAUGUGGCAAGAAGACGGUACUACGAGUCUGGUUAUUGAAGUCUUGUCUGCAUUUCAAAAAUGGCAGAUAAUAAACCUGCGAAAAGUCUUUACCGAAGUUUCCAUCAGCCAAACUAGGCGCUUGACCUGCAGCGCUCAAACAGGAGAGCCAUUAGAAACAGAUGAGGAUGUCAGUUCUCUGAUUAGAGGUAUGCUGUCUUCUGGUAUGCUCAAUGGAACCUUGGACAUUGAUAGCAGCUCCGGGAGCUUUCUCAAAUUUGGUGGCGCUUCUGCUGUGUUGACGGAAGAAGAUUUUGCACGCGAAAUUGCUACCAGUCACGCCCAUAUUACGGCUCUCAACAAGCAAUACAAGGCUGCAAAUGACCGACUGAGCGAAAAGAAGGAGUAUGUUAAGUACAUGCUUCUUGAACAGAAGAGGACGGAGAAGGAAGGUCCCGAUGCUGGUGUUGGCUUCGACAGCCAGAUUGAAGACGAAGACCUCAUGACAGGCAUCAUGGCGCAUGGUUAG